AUGGGUUUAGUUUCCAGUUCAAGAAGAAUCAUGACUAUCGACAAGGUCGCUGUUCAAAAAAUCAUUGACUCAGACACUGUUGUCAUUUUUUCAAAGUCCACCUGUCCUUACUGCACUAAAGCUAAAAAUGCUUUUAAGCAGCUGGGCAAAGACUUCAAAGUAAUUGAACUAGACCAGGAAGAUGACUGUGCCGGGUACCAGGACGCUCUUGGAGAAAUCACCGGUGCCAGAACUGUACCCAGAGUUUUUGUCAAUGGAAAGUUCAUCGGUGGCGGUGACAAGGUCGCUGAAAUGCUCAAAACUGGAGAACUCGCCAAGCUUUUUGAUUAA